UUACAAGUUCUUUCUCUCACGAAUUGUGCACUUCGCAUUGGAUAUCAAAAUUCGCUUUUUAUAGCCCUUCCAAGUCCUUCGGUGGUGUUGGUUGCUCAUCUCGGUCGUGUGUUUCCUCUGCUACUUAUCGAACUUUUUGGAAAGUGUCAGAAACAAACGCCUUCAAGCAUUCAUCCAAUGCAAAGCCAAAGACAGUGAAGAUAGGGUUUGAAUCAAAGAGGCUACUCGGAAGAUUGAGAUUGAGAUGGAAGUCAACCAAUGAGCAAUCUGCUACAGGCGCUACCUUCCUAGCAUAUUAGCAUGCUUGUGCAUGACUGUAUUUGAAUUUUGAGGUGCUAAGGAUAGAUGCCACAGCUGUUUCCGUAUAAACUGUUCAUAGCUGAAGGUGAAAGCUGUCUGCACCACGCGUACCUGAAGUGAACUCAAACUCUCAACAUUACGUCACUGGCAGUGUUGGCAGUGACCCAGAGAUGCUCAGCAGCAAUAGUGUGUUUUGAAUGGUGCCAUUAUUGUUGCAGUAAGUUCUUUGUAGCUCAUACUAUUUGCUAGCAGGAACAAAAAUGGCAGAGAAACCAUCUAAAGUGUCAACAGCUGAUGGGGUUAAGCCAACCCCAAUGAGGUUAUUUGCAACCUGGGAAGUGGAAAGAACAUCCCCAGUUUGCAUUGCAAGGCAGUGCACCCUGAAGCUGGCCCAUCUGAAGGUUGUUCGUCCAGUCAGUUCGGACUUGGGGUCAUUGCUGAUUGCUGUGAAGAUGCAGAGUGCCAAAAGAACCUUGAGGUCAAAUGAAAUUCCUUUACAAAGCAAUGGCCUUAUUGACACUGAGCUGGAUUUAACAUUUUCUCUCCAGUAUCCUCACUUCUUGAAAGGAGAGGGUAACAAGUUGCAGAUCAUGCUGCAGAGGCGCAAGAGGUACAAAAACAGAACCAUACUGGGGUACAAGACACUGUCUGUUGGUGUCAUCAACAUGUCACAAAUCCUGCAGAAGUCAGUGGACAAAGACCUGAUGCUGUACUCGGACCCAAAGGAGCGUCAGACCCUGGCUGCCAUCCUGAGUGUGGAGUCGCUGGUCAGUCAGCCAGCAGAACAGGAAGAAAUGCAGAUGCCCAAGAACAUGGACCUGCCCUACAGGUAUGACUCAGAAGAAGAGGAAGAGUACAGCACCAAUGAUGAGUGCUCUGAUUCUGAGCAGAUCCCUGAUGCCAGAGGAAAGCCCCCAUCUUCCAAGCACAUGGGCUCAAACAUGAGGCAGAGAAACCUGAAGGAGAAGUUUAUGACACUUCUGAAGCGAUUCAAGGUGUCCGAGGGUCUGCAGGAGCUGGACCAGGACCAGGACAUGGAUCCCAAGUUUGACGGCGAGGAGAGGGAGAUCGCUGAUCUGCUGAAGGAGCUGGACGAGUACGCUUCAGACUCUGAGCCCGAGAUCGACACCAUGAGCAUCAGCUCGACACCAAAGCCCUCACUUCGCCCAUUCUUCUCCUCCUCGCAGAACCUCCUGGGUGACAAUGCCAACCCAACAAUUGGAAAAGAACAAACCCAGCUGUAAGGUUGAACUGUCCUAACUCCCGGGACACAGUUAUAUCAUCAUUAAUGUAGUGAGUACCUGCUUAUCUCCAGAUUGUGUCCUCCCUUUUUAUGUAUUUUUAUAUUUUUAAAGAACAAAUGUACGUAGACCAUGUGAAAUUCCAAAUGAGACAGCUGAUCCUUGGCAAAUGGUCACAUGAUCCAGAGGUGUAUGAAUGGGGCCAGACUUAUUCUGACCCACUACAAUGCUUUCAUUGUUACCACUUGCCAUAUUCUAUCUCAAUAAAUGUUUCUUGUUAAAAUGUUACAUUCUUGAUAUAAUCAAAAGUGAUCAGGUGUAUUCAAUAAAGUUUACAGCACCAGAA